AUGUCUAAUUCAGACACGAUUUGUCUCACUAUAUGUAUAUAUAUCUAUCUAUCCCAGUCUGUUCAUCUAUCUAUCUAUCUAUCUAUCUAUCUAUCUAUCUAUCUAUCUAUCUAUCUAUCUAUCUAUCUAAUCUGUCUAUCGAUCUAUCUCUCCAUCUAUCUAGCUAAUCUAUCUAUCUAUCUAUCUAUCUAUCUAUCUAUCUAUCUAUCUAUCUAUCACUACACUGUAUCAAUGUAUCAAGAGCUGACGCGGUGCCUGUGUCUUAGUUUGAACUCUUUUAACUCAUUACUUUCUUUCUUUCUUUUUCUUCUGGUCAAUAAUCUUUAUCACCGCUCACAUCUGGAUUUCUUCCUUUCAUGGUUGCUUACUUACUUUCUUUGCAAUAAUUUUUACCACCAAUCCUUCCUAUCAUUCUUUCUCUACCUCUUUCUUUCAUUCAUUCAUUUUUUAUUUAUUUAUUUUUCUUUCUUGUCAAUAAUCUUUCCUAUCUCUCUUGUCUCUUAUUCUUUCUUUCCUUCUUUCUUUCUUGUCAAUUAUAUUUAUCAUAACUCGUGUCUAUCAUUCAUUCUUUCACUGUUUCUUAUUUCUUUCUGUUUUUUUCUUUCUUUUCUUUUCAAUUAA